AUGCAAGCUGACUACAUUGCCCUCCCUUCAAAAGUAAAGCGAAAAUCGUGGAGGACUCAUUAUUCUUUCCUCAUCCUAUUUUAUUUCAACGUAUUCACAGCUGGUGUCUCUUUUGCUUUGGUCCUCCCUUCAAUAUGGCUUUAUAUACAAGAUAACGAAGGAGAGCACUCUUUUUUGGCUAUUGUCCUAUCAAUUUAUUCAGUCGGAGAGGUAAUUGGGUCUAUGUUUUUUGGAAUUUUAUCUGAUUAUUUAGGAACAAAGGUUUCCUUGAUAUCGGCUUUGGCAUUUGGACUGCUAGGCAGCAUCAUGUAUUUUUCAGCAGAUUAUUUAUCUGGAAAUGUAGUUCUAUAUAUCAUUAUGCUAGCAAGGAUGAUGCAGGGUAUUUGAAGUGGAGGCCAGCAGGCUUCGCAGCAAGCCUAUAUAUCAGAAGUGGUCUCUUCAACCUCAAAACUAAAAGCUUUAAGCGAACUUGGGAUCGCAAAUAUUUGUGGGUAUAUACUAGGCCCAGUUUUUGGGAUGAUUGUGACAUUCAUAGAUAUUUCAAUUUUCUUUGAUGUGCAGGUGGAUUCUUAUACGUAUCCAGGAUAUUUUCAAGCAUUUGUGUCACUGAUUAUGAUUAUCAUUAAUUAUUUCUUUUUCAAAGAAGUUCCUUUUUCAGAAAGACCAGAGCGUGGGCAGCUACCAGUUACAAAUUAUUCAAAACCAGAUAGAAUUGGGGUAAUUUACUGCUGCGUAGCUUGUUUUGUAAUUUUUUAUGGAUUUACAGUGCAAGAAACUAUUACAUCUCCACUAGUCACUGACCACAUAAAUGUAAAAAAUAUAUAGAAAUUUACUGAGUCGUUUGGCUGAAGCUUGUUUUCGACUUAUUUAUUAUUUGCAGGGGCUGGGGUAAUAAGCAUUUUAUCACUUGCAAUUGUUAAUUGGCUUGAUAAUAAGCUUAGCGACCGCGGAAUAUUUUUGCUGUCCUUAGUUUUAGGGAUUUUUGGGUGGGCAAUGCUCGUUGAUUAUAAUGAACGGCAUAUUCCAAUUGGGUUGUUUUUGCUUGGGUUUGGCUUAAUUUCUUGUCAUUUUGCAAUGGCAAGAAACGUUUUAUUUAGUAUUUAUUCGAAAAUUAUAGGACCACAUCCAGCUGGGUUCUAUAUGGGCAUGACCUUAGCUUCAGGUUUGCUAUCUCGGACAAUUAGCCCUUUUUCAGCCAUUAAAUCAUUAGAAGUCUCUGUAAAGCUGGUCAUGCUAAUUAAUGUAGGAUUUCUUGUAGGGAUCUGUGUAGCACUUUUGAUGUAUUGGGAGCAUCUAUCUCCUCAUUUUGACAAUACGAAAUCUGACUUAAUACAGUUUACAGAUAAGAAAAAGAAAAAGCGAAAAAAUAAGCUUUCCUAUAUGGGCGUUAAUAUGCCUACCACAUCUUUCUAG